CGCGUACAUGGCAACAGUGUUGUCAAGGGAAAUCAGUGAGGAACAGGAAGUGAGAGACGGGAGUUAAGUUACAAAUACAAUAGUUGGCAGAGCCUGUGAAAGUAAGCUGCUCUUGAAGUGGAGAGAAGACCAGACGUAACAGGCAGAAUGGCAUCAAGGAAGAAAGUUCUUCUAAAAGUCAUUAUUCUUGGGGAUUCAGGAGUUGGAAAGACGUCUUUAAUGAACCAGUAUGUUAACAAGAAAUUCAGUAAUCAGUACAAAGCUACAAUAGGAGCUGACUUCCUUACAAAGGAGGUGAUGGUUGAGGACAGACUUGUUACUUUGCAGAUUUGGGACACAGCUGGACAGGAAAGGUUUCAGUCUCUUGGGGUCGCGUUUUAUCGAGGUGCUGACUGCUGUGUGCUGGUAUUCGAUGUUACUGCUCAUGGCACAUUUAAGACACUGGAUUCCUGGAGAGAUGAGUUUUUGAUUCAGGCUGGUCCUCGUGACCCAGACAACUUCCCUUUCCUGGUCCUAGGCAACAAGAUUGACCUGGAAAACAGGCAGGUGACAACAAAGCGGGCACAGGCAUGGUGUCAGAGUAAAAACAAUAUUCCAUACUUUGAAACCAGCGCAAAGGAGGCCAUCAAUGUUGAACAGGCAUUUCAAACCAUUGCACGUAAUGCUUUAAAACAGGAAACAGACCUUGAUACAGGUAUUGAAAUUCCAGAUCAGAUUAAGUUGGACAGAAAUGACAUCUCCAGCUCAUCUGAACAAAGCUGUAGCUGCUAACGCUUGUGUAUAUUGACACUAACAGAUUUGCACAAUCUACCUUUUCUCUUUUAAAAAUUUAUUUUUACUUCAAUAAACACACACACACACACACAAUAUGUAUGUACAGUAUAAAAUGUGCCAAAAUGAUUGAUUUUUUAAAAAUUUACAAAAUAUUUUAAAUAAAUGCAAACAAAUAAUCAUUCUCAAGAAACAUUUCAUUUGUUCUCAGUCCCCAGAAACAUUAACAUUAACUUAAAUCAUGUACUGUCUGCCUUGGAACAUAGAGAUAUGGUUGAACACAUAAAAUUCUUUGUCAUCUAUUAUCAAGGGAAAAAACAAUUAACAUUUAAAAUAAGAGACAGAUGGUAGGUGACAAAAUAUUUCUGCCUCACAGCUCCAUGGUCCCAAGUUCAAUACUAAGAUCGGCUUACUUUCUGUGUGCAGUUUUGCAUGUUCUACAUUUAAGAGUCAGAGCUUUACUUUUCCAUUUGUAGAUUUUAAAAAAGGUACAGUGAAACAAGAAGUGACAAAUCAAAAUACUAUGCAUAACAAAUUGAUUAAACUAGAUUUGUAAAGUUUGUCGUGACAAACUUUGAUGUUGGCUUUGACGAUGCAAGUACUCGCAAAGGUGGGUGCUUUUUGGAGGCGAGUGGACAUAAGGGUCAGUGUUACUUUUGGAAGCAAGUAGACAGAAAGCUAGGGUGCCAAAACAUUUGGAGGUAAGUGGAGACGAGCAUGUGACGUCAUAUGAAUACUCUUGAGGAAGUUCCCACAUUGGGCUGAGUGUCUUGAUAUGUCACAUGUCCAUGUUCUAAUUUUUUUUUUAUGUGACAUCACGUGACAUGACCAGAAUACACGUGAGGCAGUUCUCAUUGUGCUGAGUGUUUUGAUAUGUUACAAGUCCAUGUUGUGCUAGUUUUUAAUUUUCAGGUGACGUCACAUGAUGUCAUCAGAAUACCCGUGUGGAAGUUCCACUCAUUGUUCUGAGUGUUUUGAUUUGUCACAUAUCCAUGUUGUAAAAAGUUUUUUGAUUUUGCAUAUUUUGCAGAGGCUGUGGGACAACCGAAAUGCCAGUCAGUGCACCAAUUUUAAACUUUGUUCAGAGUAUCACCCUAAAGGAGCUGGCCGAGUUUGGUGUAAAUAGUUUGAAAGCUUGCCGAGUUUUAAACCUCCAAUGUUUAUAAUAGGAGUCUAUGGGAAAAAAGGCCACUUUGUGACCCAGUACCGGAAGUACCGGUACUCGGAUCGCUUAGAAAAGUAAUAGCAACAAACAGACCAGGUUCUACAACAUAUCCGAAUUUAUAUAUUUUUUAUCCUGUUCAGUUGUUGUCCUCAUUUUCCUCACCCCCACCAACGCUAAACUGCCCCGUAGUUAUGUUGGCUUGUAAAAGCCAACAUUUUGUUUUGCUUAUUAUUCUUAGACAAAAAAUAUCAAGAGUAACUCCUCCUAGGGCUUUCGAGACAAAUGCACCAAAAUCGGAUGUCUUAGAACCUGAUCUAAAGUUUGUUGCUAUUACUUUUCUAAACGAUCCGAGUACCAGUACCAGGUCUCAAAUUGGCCUUUUUGCCAUAGGCACCCAUUAUAAAUAUUAGAUGUUUAUAACAUCUCAAGCUUUCAAGCUACACCAAAUUCGGCCACCUUCUUUAGGGUGAUACUCUGGACAAAGGUUUAAAUUGGUGCACUGACUUUCCACAACAUUGACAUGUCACAUAUCAAAACACUCAGAACAACGAGGGGAACUUCCUCACGGGUAUUCGGAUGACGUCACAUGCAGUCUGCCUCCAAAAGUAUUAGCACCCCAGCAUACCAGCCUUUGGGAAUACUUGCUCCGACAAGCCAACAUUGUCACGACGAACUUUACAAAUGUAGUUAAUUUGUUCAUUUUAACUUCUUUUACCUUUUUUCCUACUGUGGGAGGUGAACGUGCUCAUAAAUGUGUAACAGGCAAUAUACCAGACAUGUCACACUUUGUUUUGGACCUAACUGUAAUAAACGGUAUUUUUCAGUGUUUA